UUUAUGCUUCCUCGGCGCAUCGGAUUCGGCUGCUCGCGAGCUGCUUUCUCAGCUUUUCCCGUUCCGGGUGCACCGCGAGGAGAAAGUCUCCGCAACUCAGCCCCGGCGCGCACUUCGCCAGGUAUGUACCGCGGCCGAGGCGCGUUCUGCGCGGAAGCAGAUGUUGCUGCCGCGGCGGCAGCGGCGGCUGCCAGCUCCCGGGCUCUGUAACUGUCACACUGCACCUGAGCUGAACUGGACAAGAGAGUGAAGGGGAGAUUGGGCGAAUGCUUUUGGCAGACACGGCGGGUGCUCGUAGACGUGGGGGAGGAGGAUCUAUAUUAAUGCCCUCUAGCCGCGUCCAACGCACAGCACUUCCGUCUCUGCAAAUACGUCCCGAGGAGUAGAGGUGGCGACCGGACUCCCAAAGAGACGUGGGGCAGCGGCUGUGACUGCAACUCGGAAGCUACAACAACAGGUCUCCUUCUUGAGAUUCCUUUGGCGGGAAGGGCCACUUGAAAAGGGAAGGUUUGAAAGAGCUGAAAGGGAAGGUGGAAGGGCUCCCUAAUUCUUCAAAAGAAUACCACCGAGAGUCUGUCCUUCGUCUCCUCUAUCCUACAUGACACACACUCCAGACUGUGUUAAGGGAGAAGUCAAAGACACCUGUUUGAAGAAAUUGCGGCCUCUAAAGUCACCUGUGUACUUAUUUGUGCCAGAGCUAGCCUGGUCCGACUGCGGGAAGAGGUUUGGUUAGGUUCUGUUGGGUGUGAUUGUUAGGACAUUGUAUUUUUUCCCCCCCGUUACUCCAAAUACCUGUCUUUGAGGGAAACUUGCCCUUCUGAGAACUGUGACUUCACCAGGAGCCCUACCUUGGAAUAAGGCUGAUACCUCUAGAUCACGUUUCUCGGUAGUAUUUGUUUGACGGGAGGAAGUGGGUGAUUGUGGCUACUUUGAGUGACCCAUUGUAGAGACUUGAUUGCCCUUCUGGCCUGCACUUGAAGGAACCAUGGCGGCGGGGGUAGCAGCGUGGCUGCCCUUUGCGAGGGCAGCGGCCAUUGGGUGGAUGCCUGUGGCCUCGGGGCCCAUGCCAGCUCCCCCUAGGCAGGAGAGGAAAAGGACUCAGGAUGCUCUAAUUGUGCUGAAUGUGAGUGGCACUCGUUUCCAGACAUGGCAGGACACCCUGGAACGGUACCCAGACACUCUGCUGGGCAGUUCGGAGAGGGACUUUUUCUACCAUCCAGAGACUCAGCAGUACUUUUUUGACCGUGACCCAGACAUCUUCCGCCACAUCCUGAAUUUCUACCGCACUGGGAAACUCCACUACCCUCGCCAUGAGUGCAUCUCCGCUUAUGAUGAAGAAUUAGCCUUCUUUGGCCUCAUCCCAGAAAUUAUUGGCGAUUGCUGUUAUGAGGAGUACAAGGAUCGCCGGCGAGAGAACGCGGAGCGUCUUCAGGACGAUGUUGAUACCGACAACACCGGAGAGAGCGCGCUGCCCACUAUGACGGCUCGGCAGAGGGUCUGGCGGGCUUUUGAGAACCCUCACACUAGCACAAUGGCGCUGGUGUUCUACUAUGUUACCGGGUUCUUCAUUGCCGUCUCAGUCAUCGCUAAUGUGGUAGAAACAGUGCCAUGUGGGUCUAGCCCAGGUCACAUUAAAGAACUGCCCUGUGGGGAGCGGUACGCCGUGGCCUUCUUUUGCUUGGAUACAGCCUGUGUCAUGAUCUUCACCGUUGAGUACUUGCUUCGCCUGGCAGCAGCUCCUAGCCGUUACCGUUUUGUGCGUAGCGUCAUGAGUAUCAUCGAUGUGGUGGCCAUCCUGCCUUAUUACAUUGGGCUGGUGAUGACAGACAAUGAGGAUGUCAGUGGAGCCUUUGUCACACUCCGCGUCUUCCGGGUCUUCCGGAUCUUUAAGUUUUCCCGCCACUCUCAAGGCCUGCGCAUCCUGGGGUACACACUGAAGAGUUGUGCCUCUGAAUUGGGCUUCUUGCUCUUCUCGCUCACCAUGGCUAUCAUCAUCUUCGCUACGGUUAUGUUCUACGCAGAGAAGGGGUCUUCUGCUAGCAAGUUCACCAGCAUCCCUGCUGCCUUCUGGUACACCAUCGUCACCAUGACAACACUAGGAUAUGGUGACAUGGUACCAAAAACCAUAGCAGGGAAGAUUUUCGGAUCCAUCUGUUCGCUGAGUGGGGUCUUGGUCAUUGCUCUGCCUGUCCCAGUGAUUGUAUCCAACUUCAGUCGAAUCUACCACCAAAAUCAACGAGCAGACAAACGGAGAGCACAAAAGAAAGCCAGACUGGCCAGGAUCCGGGCAGCCAAAAGCGGAAGUGCAAACGCUUAUAUGCAGAGCAAACGGAAUGGCUUACUCAGUAACCAACUGCAGUCCUCUGAGGAUGAGCCAGCCUUUGUUAGCAAAUCCGGCUCCAGCUUUGAAACCCAGCACCACCACCUGCUUCACUGCCUGGAAAAAACCACGAAUCACGAGUUUGUGGAUGAACAAGUCUUUGAAGAAAGCUGCAUGGAAGUUGCAACAGUUAAUCGUCCUUCAAGUCACAGUCCCUCCGUCUCUUCACAACAAGGCAUCACCAGCACUUGCUGUUCAAGACGACACAAAAAAACUUUCCGCAUUCCAAACGCCAACAUAUCAGGAAGCCACCGAGGCAGUGUGCAAGAACUCAGUACGAUUCAGAUUAGAUGUGUGGAGAGAACCCCGCUAUCUAACAGCCGAUCCAGUUUAAAUGCCAAAAUGGAAGAGUGUGUUAAACUAAACUGUGAACAACCUUAUGUGACUACAGCAAUAAUAAGCAUCCCAACACCUCCAGUAACCACCCCCGAAGGAGAUGACAGGCCAGAGUCUCCUGAGUACUCAGGAGGCAACAUUGUCAGAGUGUCUGCUCUGUAAGACAAUUGGAAUCCAAGAGAAUUUGAGCCCUGGCUGUGGAAAGAAUCCCAAUGUGGAAGAAAGAAGAAACAAUAAACGUUUUGCAGAUGAAAAUGACAAAGCAAGGAGGUUGGUAGCGAAACAAAACAAAGACAAAGUUUCCAAACUUGAAGAUGGAAAUAAAACCACCAAAUGGCAUUUCUAGAUGGAGUCUAACCUGUCAUACUGAGAAAUAGUCUGUGGCCCUUUGACUUUGUGAAUGAGCACAAUGAAAUGCCACCUAUUGAUGCUUCUUAGGACCAGAACUCUUUUUUAAUAAAAUAAAUAAAAUAAAUCUUUGAACAUAAUGUUCUAGUUGAAUGCAAAACAAAAAAAUACAGAAAACAUUUUGAUAAAAAUUUUUCCUGUUAAAACCAUGAACAUUGGCUAUGAUGAAGAUGAUUACA